UCUCUCUCUCUCUCUCUCUCUCUCUCUCUCUCUCUCUCUGUGUCUGUGUGGGAGAAGAAGAAGAAGAGAAUUUUGGAACCCAGAAAAUCGAAUCAAAACACUUCCCAACACACACUCUCUCUCUUCCUUCCUUCCUUGUUUCUCUCCAUUCAAAUCAAUUUCAACUUCAAUUUCCUUGUUUCUCUCUCCGCUGUCUCUUUCUGUUGGAGUGUUGCGCUUCAGCCCUAGAUCUUACCCAGUCAAACACAAUUCCAUACAGCCUCGGAUUUCCAGAUCUCCAACACUCUGAUUUUCAGAUCCUCACUUCAUCAGAUUGCGGAAUAUUCACGCUGAUCAAUUGAAGGCUCCUCAGCUAGACUAUUUGUAAAUCUGUGUGGAAUUGUACAAUGGUGGAUGGGGACAAUAGACAAAAGAUACAUCAUUAGGCAAUGAAGUUGUGGUGCAUGUAGAUGAAGACAGGUCAGCCUUGGCGAAUAAACAUGGGUGACAUUCCUAUAUUUUCUGGGGCUCGCCAUCGGCCACCUUUGAAGAGGCCGUUGUGGAUCAUUGUCUUGGUGUCCUUGGUUAGCAUCUUUGUUAUUUGUGCUUUUCUCUAUCCACCGCAAAGCAGCGCCGCUUGUUACAUAUUUUCGUCAAGAGGUUGUAAGGCUAUUUCCGAUUGGCUUCCACCUGCUCCAGCAAGGGAAUAUAAUGAUGAUGAGAUUGCAUCCCGGGUAGUGAUAAAAGAAAUUUUGAGUGCACCUCCUGUUCAAUCAAAAAACCCCAAACUAGCUUUCAUGUUCCUUACACCUAGUGCAGUGCCGUUUGAGAAGCUGUGGGAUAAAUUUUUCCAUGGUCAUGAGGGAAAGUUCUCUGUUUAUGUGCAUGCAUCUAAAGAAAAGGCAGUUCAUCUGAGCCGUUACUUUGCUAAUAGAGAGAUACGCAGCGACCAGGUGAUUUGGGGAAAAAUUUCCAUGGUAGAUGCAGAGAGACGAUUAUUGGCAAAUGCCCUUCAAGAUCCUGAUAACCAGCACUUUGUGUUACUUUCUGAAAGUUGUGUACCGCUGUAUACAUUUGACUAUAUCUAUGACUAUCUGAUGAAUACCAAUAUAAGCUACGUUGACUGCUUUGAGGAUCCUGGCCCACAUGGAAAUGGCAGGUACUCAGAACACAUGUUGCCUGAAAUUGAGAUGAAAGACUUCAGAAAGGGUGCACAGUGGUUCUCUGUCAAGCGUCAGCAUGCUGUUAUAAUAAUGGCCGAUAAUCUUUACUACACAAAAUUCCGGGAUUACUGCAAGCCAGGUUUGGAGGGGCGCAAUUGCAUUGCUGAUGAACAUUACUUGCCAACCUUUUUUAAUAUAAUUGAUCCUGGUGGAAUUGCAAACUGGUCUGUAACACAUGUUGAUUGGUCUGAAAGAAAGUGGCACCCUAAACUAUACAGGGCUGGGGAUAUUAGUUACGAGCUUCUGAGAAAUAUUACGUCAAUUGAUGUGAGCAUUCAUGUAACCAGUGAUGCUAAGAAAGUAGUGCAAAGAUGGCCUUGCUUAUGGAAUGGUCAGCAACGGCCGUGUUACUUGUUUGCAAGGAAGUUUCAUCCAGAGAGUCUCAGUAACUUGUUGCACCUUUUUGCCAAUUAUACAACAGUUUGAGCCAGAUUUUUUGACUCUCUAUUCUUUGGUUGGAUGGUUUCGACCCUUUCACUUCAUCUUGUUCCAGUAUAGCUGACGAAGUUGUAAAUUGCCAAAUUAUUAAGGCUCGAUUGAUCCCCGACCACAGUUCUUGAGUGCAAGGGAGAGGCUGGCAGAGCAGUUAGGGUAACUAGAGUCAAGGGGGAAGCAAACAAGCUAGUGUUGCUUCCACAGGGAUGAUAUGGGUAUAUGGUUUCUCUUUGAACCCUUCAUGAAGUCUGAACUUUGAAGUGGCAAAUACAAAAUACAAUAGUGAUGUGAAUUUCAAGCUUUAACAAAUAUUUCUGCUAUCUUUCUGUGUGCC